AUGGCACCGAUGUUAGUGGCGUUAAAAUGCAGCAUUCGCUUUCAAAAACGAGCCUUAACGCUUCUCAUUCGUCAGACAAGUUCAUAUCACGUUUGGGAUAAAAGUCGCAUUAAUAACGGGACGAAUUAUCAACGACAAAGAACAUAUGCGAUAAACUCCCUUCAUCCUCUACGCACAGCCACAUGGAGCACCAACAAACCAGAGAACAGCCGCCAGAUUUUAGAAGCUGCAAAGCAUUUACAGGUGACAGACAAACGGACAUGUUGGCACGGACAUGCAGGAGGAGGUCUGAGCACAGAUCCGAAAAACGUGCUAAAAGAAGUCAAUUCUGCCAAGAUCCUGUCUGCUAUGCUCUCUUAUGUUUGGCCAAAGGAUAGACCGGACCUGCGGGCCCGUGUUGCUGUCUCUUUGGGCCUGCUUGCUGGAGCUAAGCUUACCAAUGUGAUGGUGCCCUUCAUGUUUAAGUAUGCAGUAGACGAGCUUAACCAGAUGUCGGGGCACAUGCUGAACCUGAAUGACGCGCCAAGCACCGUGGCUACUAUGGCAACGGCCGUGCUGAUUGGCUAUGGUGUCUCGCGAGCGUGCUCGGCCCUCUUCAACGAGCUGAGGAACACCGUGUUCGGCAAGGUGGCUCAGAGCUCCAUCCGACGCAUCGCGAAGAAUGUCUUUUUGCACUUGCACAAUCUGGAUCUGGGUUUCCAUCUCAGCCGCCAGACAGGAGCUUUGUCCAAGGCCAUUGACCGCGGCACACGGGGCAUCUCCUUUGUCCUCAGUGCUCUUGUCUUCAAUCUCGGACCCACGGUGUUUGAGAUGGGCCUCGUCAGUGCUAUUUUGUAUUACAAGUGUGGUGGGCAGUUUGCAGCAGUGGCCUUGGGCACCUUAUCAGCAUAUACUAUUUUCACAAUUCUUGUCACUCAGUGGAGGACUCGGUUCCGUAUAGAGAUGAACAAAGCAGACAACGAAGCAGGAAACGCCGCCAUUGACUCUCUACUCAACUAUGAGACUGUGAAGUACUUCAACAAUGAAAAGUAUGAAGCUCAAAGGUAUGAUGGCUUCCUAAAGCAGUAUGAGUCAUCCUCCCUAAAAACCACGUCAACCCUCGCCAUGCUCAACUUCGGUCAGAGUGCCAUCUUCAGCGUCGGCCUCACUGCCAUCAUGUUACUGGCCAGCAAAGGCAUCGCAGCAGGUAACAUGACUGUGGGAGACCUGGUGAUGGUGAACGGCCUGCUGUUCCAGCUGUCUCUCCCGCUCAAUUUCCUGGGUACGGUGUACAGAGAGACCCGGCAGGCCCUCAUAGACAUGAACACACUAUUCACCCUUCUCAACGUCGACACAAAGAUCAAGGAGAAGGAUCUGGCCCCACCGCUAGCCAUCACACCACAGGACGCCACCAUUCGUUUUGAAGAUGUCUACUUUGAAUACCUGGAGGGCCAGAAAGUCUUGAACGGAGUUUCCUUUGAGGUUCCCGCCGGCAAAAAAGUGGCUAUUGUUGGCGGCAGCGGGUCAGGGAAGAGCACCAUCGUUCGGCUUUUGUUCCGCUUCUACGAGCCCCAGCAGGGCAACAUCUACAUCGCUGGACAGAACAUUCGGGACGUCAGCCUGGAGAGCCUGAGGAAGGCUUUGGGCGUCGUUCCUCAGGAUGCUGUGCUGUUCCACAACAACAUCUUCUACAACCUGCAGUACGGGAACAUUAACGCCACACCAGAGGAGGUGUACCAAGUGGCGCGGUUAGCGGGCCUCCACGACGCUAUCCUCAGGAUGCCCCAUGGCUAUGACACACAGGUUGGAGAGCGGGGUCUAAAACUCUCAGGAGGAGAGAAGCAACGCGUCGCCAUCGCCCGAGCCAUUCUGAAGAACCCGCCCAUCCUCCUGUAUGACGAAGCGACGUCGUCCCUCGACUCCAUCACCGAAGAGAACAUUCUGAGUUCAAUGAAGGAGAUGGUGAAGGACAGGACCUCGGUGUUCAUCGCCCACAGGCUUUCCACAAUCGUAGAUGCAGAUGAGAUCUUAGUGCUCAAACAGGGCAAGGUGGCGGAGCGCGGCACGCACCAGACCCUCCUCGCCACCCCCGGCAGCUUGUACGCAGAGCUGUGGAACGCACAGAACAGCAAAAUCCUCAACAGCAGCAAGAGCUCGAGCGCGCCGGCCGCCGAGCGCCUGUCCCAGAAGGAGGAGGAGCGGAAGAAGCUGCAGGAGGAGAUCCUGAACAGCGUGAAGGGCUGCGGGAACUGCUCCUGUUGAGAGAAACCGCCACCGCCAUGUUCCCGCUCUCCCUCACAGAUGGCCUACGUUGAAAUCCCCUCCACUUUAACCGGACCUCCCCCCAAUCCGUGUGACCAUCUCCCCCUCUUCACCAAAAUAAAGGAAGUCUAGUUAGUUUUGGAUCCAUGCCAGUUUUUAUUAGCUGAAGCAAAAACGGAGGCCAUAUUCUUCACAUGCAUCUGUUCCUCUGCCCCGCCCCCAUCGUUGACAUCAGGUCUAUUGUCUUCCUUUGCACUGGAAACACGUAAUGAUGUACAAAUGCAGUGAUUCUGACACCAAUUUGUGUUUGUUUGCAUUUUUUUAAUUAUAAGUGAAAAAGCAGAGCUUUUAUUUUGUAUUUAAUGUGUGUACAUAUCACCGUUCUUUCUGGAACUAGGAAUCAAAAUUGUUCUUCAUCUUUUCAAAUUGCCCAAUCCACAUUCUGAAGAAUGUUUAUUAAUAAAUCUAAAGUCUAACAAGUGUCUGAGCGCCUUAACAGAAUUAAAGGUGGGAGCUCCAACAGACCAUGAAUGUUUCACAACGGCGAGAGCUUUUAUUUUAACUUUUAUUUUAAAUUCAAACUCUUCCUGAUAGAAAAACACAUUUGAAAGUUCGACCACUUCCUAUAGAUCUUGUGACCAAACUGAAGCAUCUUCCUUCUGGAAAAAUGAACUGCAGUUGUCCAUAACCUCAUUGUAAAUAUUGGUCCUUGUUUUUUUAAAGGGCUCAUUUUUCAGAAAUAAAUACAUUUUCUGAGAA